GGGCCCUGCCCAGCAGGCAGACUCAGGCCUCACCCUGGGAUCUCCGCCGCCGGGCCAAUCCAGCCUCUGGGGCGCACCCCGGCGGCCUUUCCCGGCCUUCAGCUUCCUCCGGCCGUCCCGCCCCUCACACUCCCGCCCCCGGCCCCAGUCUGGCCGGGCCUCGCGGCUGCUCUACCGACGGUGGCGGCGAUUGGGCUGCGCCCCGCCGCGUCCCCGAGUCCCGGGAGUCGGCGCGGCGCGGCAGGAGCAGCCAUCCGCCACGGACAGCCCAGCUGUCAGCUGUCUCACAGGAAGAUGCUUCGAGGAUGGGGUGGCCCCAGUGUGGGUGUGUCUAUGCGUACGGCACUGGGAGUGCUGUGCCUCUGCCUCACAGGAGCUGUGGAGGUCCAAGUCUCUGAAGACCCUGUGGUGGCCCUGGUGGAUACGGAUGCCACCCUACGCUGCUCCUUCUCCCCAGAGCCUGGCUUCAGCCUGAGACAGCUCAACCUCAUCUGGCAGCUGACAGACACCAAACAGCUGGUGCACAGCUUCACCGAGGGCCGGGACCAAGGCAGUGCCUAUGCCAACCGCACGGCGCUCUUCCCUGACUUGUUGGUGCAGGGCAAUGCAUCCCUGAGGCUGCAGCGUGUCCGAGUAACCGACGAGGGCAGCUACACCUGCUUUGUGAGCAUCCAGGACUUUGACAGCGCUGCUGUUAGCCUGCAGGUGGCCGCUUUCUACUCAAAACCCAGCAUGACUCUGGAGCCCAACACCUGGGGACAAGGCGACAUCAUGUGCUCUGGCUCCCAGGGCUGCCCUGAGGUCUCCGUGUUCUGGCAGGGCUCACCAGACUGGCCUUGACCUUAGAUGGCCGAGGAGCAGGGCUUGUUUGAUGUGCACAGCAUGCUUAGGGUGGUCCAGGAUGCUAAUGGUUCCUACUGAUGCCUGGUACUCAACGUAGUGUUACAGUAGGAUCACCACAAUCCACAGAAGUCUGACCCAGGAGGUAUGGAGGUCCAGGUCUCUGAAGACCCUGUGGUGGCCCUGGUGGGCAGUGACACGUCCCUAUGCUGUUCCUCUCCUGAGCGGUUCAGCCUGGCACAGUUUAACCUCAUCUGGCAACUAAUGAACACCCAAUAGCCUGUGCACGCUCCCCGGGGGCUGAGUGCAGAGCAGGCCUAUCUUAGCAGCUGCACAGCAUUCGUCCCUGACCUGCUGGUCUAGGGCAGUGUGUUCUUGAGGGUUCAGUGCAUGUAUGUAGCUGUUGGGGGAGUCCCCUGCUUCCUGGGCAUCCAGGCCUUUCGCAGUGCUGAUGCCAGCCUGCAGGUGGCAGCCCCCUACUCGAAGCCCAGCAUGACCCUGGAGCCCAACAAGGACCUGCGUCCAGGGGACAUGGUCACCAUCACGUGCUCCAGCUACCAGGGCUAUCCCGAGGCUGAGGUGUUCUGGAAGGAUGGACAGGGAUUGCCCUUGACUGGCAAUGUGACCACAUCCCAGAUGGCCAACGAGCGGGGCCUGUUCGAUGUUCACAGUGUGCUGAGGGUGGUGCUGGGCGCUAAUGGCACCUACAGCUGCCUGGUCCGCAACCCGGUGUUGCAGCAAGAUGCUCACGGCUCGGUCACCAUCACAGGGCAGCCCAUGACAUUCCCCCCUGAGGCUCUGUGGGUGACUGUGGGGCUCUCUGUCUGUCUUGUGAUACUGCUGGUGGCCCUGGCCUUCGUGUGCUGGAGAAAGAUCAAGCAGAGCUGUGAAGAGGAGAAUGCAGGUGCUGAGGACCAGGAUGGGGAUGGAGAAGGAUCCAAGACAGGUGAGUCUGGCCCUUUUAACUGGAGAGGACAGGAGAUGAGACUUCAUGCUCUGAGGUUUGAAGAACCCUCUGAUGGAGGCCUCCAACCCAGGGUCAACCACCACUCAGGAGUCUCCUACAUACCUUGGUCCAUCCUUCAGGACUGUACCAACUGAGGACUUUCCCAGAGGGGGGAGGAGGAGCGCUUCAGGAGAGAGGACGUCUCUUAUAAACAAAGGAGCCUUCGGCAAAUAACUGUCCUUUGGUCUGUUUUCCCACGUGUAAAAAAAUGGGUGUGAGAAUAGGACUCUAGGUGUUUCCACAUUGGAUUAAAUGAGAUGGUCUAUACAGAGGAUAGUACCACGCCUGGUGUCCAGUUAAGAGCUUGCGAUGGCGCCUGUUGUGAUAAAGCAGACAUCUGCGGACAGCCCAGUUCUCCUUAGAGGCUGUGCAACAUCAGCAAAAUGCUUUGCUCCCCCUGGGCUUCCACGGCCCUG